CUAUGGCACAGAGGCAUACAGCAUGUGCAGCAUCAUUUUAUAUUGUACAUAAAUACAAUGAACAUCUAAAUGAGAUGUGGACAUACGAAGGACCGGAUUGUAUCCAAAAAUUUUGUCAAGCACUUAGGAUGAAAACCGAUGGACUUUAUGAGAAGUACUGGAAGUCCUAUAAAAAACCAAUCUAUCAGUUUAACAUUUGGGAUGAGGAUUAUCAGGAACACGGUGAUUGCUAUGCCUGCGAGAAACAAAUUUCUGAUGAUGAUCGAGAAAAAUUCUUUGAUCAGUUUACAGGACAAUAUGUAGGUCCUAUUCAUAAGCUGUGUAAACAGACAUUUAGAUUAAGCGAUCCCUUUUUCCCGGUAGUUUUUCAAAACUUGUCUCGUUAUGAUAUACAUUUAUUUGUUACGUCAAUAAAAGAUGAACUAAGACCCAUUCCUUGCAAUAAAGAGUUAUAUAUUGCGUUAACUCAAAAUUGUAAGCUCGAUGAAUCUUAUCUUCAUCAAUAUAAAAUUAGAUAUAUAGAUUCAAAUAGAUUUUUAAAUUCAAGCUUAGAAAAACUCGCUAGUUAUAUGAACAUAGCGAAUUUUAAAAUUUUGAAAACUAAAUAUCAAGGUGAAAAAUUUGAUAUGCUACGACGAAAGGGAGUAUUUCCCUAUGAUUAUUUGGAUAGUUUUGAAAAAUUUGAUGAAUCCCUGCUUCCUUCGCGAGAUAAUUUUUAUAAUUCACUGAAUGAUGAGGAAUGUAGUGUUAAAGACUACAACUUUGCUCAGAAGGUUUGGAGCGCAUUUAAUUGCAAAUCUAUUAGAGAUUAUUUAAAAUUAUAUUUGGAAAGCGAUGUUUUAAUUCUUGCUGAUGGAUUUGAGAAUUUUAGGAGUCUUUGUUCCCGAGUGUACAGGUUAGACCCCAUUAAUUAUGUUACUGCUCCUUCAGUUUCAUGGGAUGCAAUGUUAAAAUACACAAGGGUAGAAUUAGAACUUGUUAUUGAUCCUGACAUUUAUAAUUUUUUUAAAACUGCUGUUCGUGGAGGGUUGACCCAAUGUACUCAACGGAUUGCAACAGCAAAUAACAAAUAUUUAAAUAAUAAAUUUAAGCCUACCGAACCCAUAAAUUUCCUUUCAUAUAUUGACGCCAACAACUUAUAUGGAUGGGCUAUGAGUCAACCCCUUCCAUUUUCUAAUUUUAAAUUUCUAAGUAACGAUGAAAUUUCAUCUUUCAACGUUCUUAGCAUAUCGGCAUCUAGUGAUGUUGGAUAUAUUUUAGAAGUAGAUAUGCGAUAUCCUGAUGAUAUUCAUAAUAAGCAUAAUAGUUUACCUUUUUGCCCCGAAAAUAAGAUUCCACCAGGAGGAAAGCAGACAAAACUAAUAGCUGACUUAACUGAUAAAAAGAACUAUAUAAUCCAUUUGAAGCAGCUACAGCAGUUAUGUAUAGAGCAAGGUAUGACUUUAGAAAAAAUAUCUAGAGUUUUAUCAUUUAAUCAGUCCUGUUGGCUGAAACCUUAUAUUGACCUCAAUACAUCUCUUAGAAAAUAAGCUAGCAAUGACUUUGAGAUAAACUUUUACAAAUUAAUGGUUAAUGCCGUUUACGGCAAAACAAUGGAGAAUGUAGAAAAACGUCGUGAAGUUGCAUUAGUUAAGCAUUAUGAUUCAAGACAAAACUCAGCAGGGUUUAGACAACGCAUAGCAAGACAUAAUUUCCACAGUGUUGAAAUCUUUGGAGAUAAUUUGGCUGCCAUUGAAUCAACUAAGUGCCGAAUUUUUUAUGAUAAGCCCAUAUACAUUGGAGUUAGUGUAUUAGAACUUUCAAAAUGGUUAAUGUAAGACUAUUUCCAUAAUUUUCAUUCUGUAAAAUGUCUAUCAUCAAAAAUAAUCUAUAUGGAUACAGAUUCAUUUAUUAUAUCAUCAGAAGAAGAUUUUUAUGAUUUAAUUAAAUUCAAUCCUAAUCGCUUUGAUACAUCCAAUUACCUAGCCUCAAACAGAUUCGGUAUCAAUCUCGCUAAUAACAUUAAACAUAAAAAAACUUAUUAUGGACAACAGAGAGUUAUUAGAAGUAGAGGUCAUAAAAUGUAUACUGAAAUUGUAAAUAAGAUAAGUUUAAAUUAUAAGGAUGACAAAAGAUUUAUAUUACCUGAUAAUAUUUCAACAUUAGCUCAUAAUCACUAUGAAAUUAAAAAUAUUUUAGGUGCUAGUUAUAUUAUUAUUAUUUU